AUUGCCGAUAGGGUGUUCAACCCGCCACCGUUGGAGAUGAUCUAUAUGCUUCUGUUAAUUAGUUUCCGGGAGUGGGCUGUGAAGCUGCGACUGAAGCAAACUACAGCAGAUAUCGAAAGGUAUUUUGUGGGCAUCGUUCGAAAGACUGUAGAACAUCGUGAGAAGAAUAACAUCUCCCGUCCGGAUUGUCUGCAGCUGUUGAUGCAGUUGAAGAACAAAGGCACGAUCGAAGAGGAUGAGGAAGAUUCGAAAAAGAUCAUCACAAUGAAGGAUGUGAUUGCCCAGGCGUUCCUGUUUUUCUUCGGUGGAUUUGAAACGUCUUCCAAGGCGUUGUCGUUUGCAUUGUUUGAGUUGGCAUACAAUCAGGAGAUUCAGGACAAAGCUCGGGAGGAAGUUCAACGGGUUCUUGCCAAACACGAUGGUCUGCUGACUUACGAAGCCCUGAAGGAUAUGGUUUAUGUGGAGCAAAUCGUCCACGAUAGGUUGAGGAAGUUUGCUCCAAUCGGGCAAAUAUUUCGCGUAGCGAACGAACCCUAUGAGAUUCGCAAACCGGAUUUCACCCUCGAAAAGGGCACCAUAGUAAUGAUUCCGAUCCACUCGAUUCAUCACGAUCCGGUCAUCUACCCGGACCCGUCCCGUUUCGAUCUGGACCGGUUCACCGCGGAGGCCGUCAACGCGCGGCCCUCCCAAAGCUUCCUUCCGUUUGGGCACGGUCCACGGAACUGCAUAGGGAUGCGCUUCGCCCUGCUGGAGGUGAAAUUUGGAAUUGCCCAGCUGGUGAGCCGGUUGCGGUUCACGGUUAACGAGAAGACGCAACUUCCGCUGCAGUACGACCCUAAGGUGAAUGUGGCCACGGCUUUGGGGGGGCUGUGGUUGGACGUUGAACGGAUCUAGUUAGAAGGAAAUUCGACUUGACCUGAAACAAUUAAAGCUUGAACUAAUUAAGUGGUUUGAACUACACCGCUUUAUGAAAUUUCAGUGAUAUUUCUGAAAAUUAUUAUAGCGCAACGUAAUUGUCUAAAUGAUUAACAUAAACAAUAAUGUGCCAUAUUAUUAAACUGCAGUUUAAAAAGAUUUCAUCAUGAUGACAAACAUGAUCGUAAGGCUGAUAUUCUGGAGAUUUCAUCAAGGACUCCCUGAAGAUAGCGUUGGGCAAUUUUAAAUCGAUGUUCGCAACAUCGAUGUUUUUGUUUCGAUUAAUCGAUUUUUUGAAUCGAUGUUGAAGCCCCAUAAAAUCGACCGAAUCGAUUUUUUACAUUCGGAUUUUCUUUCGAUUCAAGAAUAUAAAACUUUCAUUUUUCUUCAGAAUGCAUUGUCUCAACGUUAUAUCAAUUUUCGACACAGAGUCGUAAAAUCAUUGGCGUAGCUAGGAUUUUUUCU